GAAUGGACUGCUGGGUACUUCAGGAGAGCAUUGCUCUUGCAUCCUAUGUCCAAACCACAGCUGUGCUCAACAUUUGAAGUUUGAACAAAUAAACCAACAAGUAUCUACUACCACAAGAUGGGAAGUGGAAUUAGUUCAGAGAGCAAGGAGUCAGCCAAAAGAUCAAAAGAACUGGAGAAAAAGCUUCAGGAGGAUGCUGAGCGAGACGCAAGAACUGUAAAGCUGCUCCUAUUAGGAGCGGGAGAAUCUGGGAAAAGUACUAUUGUUAAACAAAUGAAGAUCAUCCAUAAGAAUGGUUACAGUGAGCAAGAAUGCCUGGAGUUCAAAGCAGUAAUUUACAGUAAUACAUUGCAAUCCAUCCUAGCUAUUGUGAAAGCCAUGACUACCCUUGGGAUUGAUUAUGUAAAUCCCAGAAGUGCAGAGGACCAACGACAACUUUAUGCAAUGGCAAGUUCCCUGGAAGAUGGUGGCAUGACGCCUCAACUGGCUGAGGUAAUAAAACGACUGUGGAGAGAUCCAGGGAUUCAGGCCUGCUUUGAAAGGGCAUCUGAGUAUCAGCUCAAUGACUCGGCAGCUUACUACCUUAAUGAUUUGGAUAGAAUAACAGCAUCUGGGUAUGUGCCAAAUGAACAAGAUGUUCUUCAUUCUCGAGUGAAAACGACUGGAAUCAUUGAAACUCAAUUCUCCUUUAAAGACUUGCAUUUCAGGAUGUUUGAUGUAGGUGGACAGAGAUCUGAGAGAAAGAAGUGGAUUCACUGCUUUGAAGGAGUUACGUGCAUCAUAUUCUGUGCUGCGCUUAGUGCCUAUGACAUGGUUCUCGUGGAAGAUGAAGAAGUGAAUAGAAUGCAUGAAAGCCUUCACCUGUUCAACAGUAUCUGUAAUCACAAGUAUUUUUCAACAACCUCCAUUGUCCUGUUCCUCAACAAAAAAGAUAUCUUUCAAGAAAAAGUAACCAAGGUGCAUCUUAGUAUCUGCUUUCCAGAAUACACUGGGCCAAAUACAUUUGAAGAUGCAGGAAACUACAUCAAGAACCAGUUUCUAGACCUGAAUUUAAAAAAAGAAGAUAAGGAAAUUUAUUCCCACAUGACCUGUGCUACUGAUACCCAAAAUGUCAAGUUUGUGUUUGAUGCAGUUACAGAUAUAAUCAUCAAAGAGAAUCUGAAAGACUGUGGGCUUUUCUAAUCAACCAUUUUCUCUCCCACUCUUGCUAAUAUAUGCUUCUCAAGAUAUAAAAGAAAAGGUGCUGUGUGAUGUGUUUAGUUUGAAUAGACAUUAACUUAUCUACACAUAUAAGUAGCAUUGUAAAGCAAAAAGUUUUUCUCACAAAAAUAUUUAUGUAUUAUCAUCUGUAUCCGGAUAAGUUUAAAUUUCUUUGGGUCAUGGGGAGUGGGAGUGACUUUGAUGUCCUUAUAUCUAAAAACUGAUAUAUUUUGGUAGCGGUUCCAGUACAUAUCAAUGACACUGAAUUUUUUUUUGGAAAUAAACUUCUGCUUGUGAACUAUCUUUAUUCAUAGGAUAAUGAAAAAAUAUGAAACAAUAUUAUUUCCAUUGGCCAGAUUUUGAGAAGCAUUCAUUUUUGUUGAUAAUGUAACUAUGCCA